GGCAGAUGAUGACAACUAUGAAAUUAUUACAGGGUUCUCAGUAUUUAUUAUGUGGGCGGUGCAGAGGUCUCAGAGACUCAUGCUUGUAAUAUAAAAUAUUUCUCGUUAGUGGGGUUUAAUCACGGUUUAGAGCAGCAGUGACGCCCAGUCCGGGAGAGUGAGUGGGUUUUGCCUGUCGUCCAAUCAUUUUUAUUGCGGCAAUCCUGCGGCUGAACCCCGGCUUCGGAGUGUUGAUGUGCCGACCUCUGGGAAUCUCUGGGCCGCUGUUAUUAUGGAAGCGUGAGGGAAACUCAUCAUUGAUUUGGGAUUCUGUUCAAGCGGCUGUUUCCCCUUUUUUUUUUUUUUUUUUUUUUUCCUUUUACUUCCGAGGAGGACGAGGAGCCGGUUGGCAGAUGCUAACAGAAGCAGCUUCGGCUCCGAGCUAACGGCUGGUUUAAUUAGCUCCAGGCUAACGGUUAGUUACGUUAGAUUCUGACUAAUAGUUAGUUCAAGUUAGCUCCAAGCUAACGGCUAGUUGAGCUAGCCCCUGGCUAACGGUUUGUCAGGUUAGCUUCUGGCUAAUGGCUAGUCAAGUUAUUCCUUUGCCGACGGUUAGUCAGGUUAGCUUGUGACUGAACGUUAGUCAGGUUAGCUCCUGGAUAACGGAUAUUCAAGCUAGCUGCCUGUAGUAACGGGUCGUGUCGGUGGCUGGUUAGUUAGCCACCUUAGCCAAUCGCGUACUGGGAUAGCUAGCCACCAGGAGAAGACCUGCACCCACUGGCACCGCUGAAUUACUCUCUUGUGGAUUGCGAUGGAUUUUAAGACUCAUCUCGCCCGAUAAUAGACGGAUAAGCGGAAAUAAUGUGAGCAGGACCGGUUCGUCCCAUUCACUGCUUCUGGACCCGGAGCUACUUAAAAAACAUCCAUCACAGGUGCAGCAUCCUGAUCCGACAUCAGACUGGAUUCAUCUCACUUCCGGAGGUUUGCGAUAAACACAAUGUGAUCCACGUCACGACCAAGGAAGCCACUGAUUGACACUGGAAGAGAAAAGGUGCUUGCAUCCUGUUUUUUUUUUGUUUUUUUUGAGGACAUACAAGGAUUCUUCCAACCAGAAAACCUCAGGUUAAUCCAACUUGCCAUCCACACGAACAAACCACUACUUUUCACAUUUUGGGUUGUUUUUGGGACACUGCUCCACAGAGACUGUAUCCUCCAAGGAAAUAUCUGAGCUCCAGUGCUCUCUGCUGGGGAAGGAAGCCGAGGGAAGUCCCUGGAGAAGAGGGAUAAAAAGAAAACAGCCUGGAGCCGGGGAGGGCGGCGCUUGCGUGCCUAACUGGCAUGGACGUCCUCUAACGCAGCCGAACAAUGAAACUACACGAGACAAUACUAUCAUCGCCGUCAUCUCUAUCAGCGCUGAGUGCAGCUGUGCUAUCUCAAGCACAUGCGUACUAAUGGAUGUUCCACUGGAUUUCCACCUCGACGUUUCGGGAAGUACCGCGCCACCACUUUCUUGUCUUCCAGUCUCAUUCAUGGUGCAGUCAGACAGAGAGGUGGUUUGACUCGGCCACUGGUGGGGCUCAGGGAUGCCCCGACACCGGAAAACCAGGCUACUCGACUGGCCCGCUUACAUACUCUCCUUUCCAAUACAAGUCUUGGACUGAAAGCAAGUUGUCUACUCCUGACAUUUCCAUUUGCAAGACUUCCUUAUUUCUGUCACACUACUACUACAGCUGGAUACUGAAAACUUUAACAUCCAACUGGGAUAUCAGGACCUGAAGAAGCCAAAUCAUUCAAUCACAGCCACUUUUUCUUUUAAGCUUUCCUCUCAUUUCUUCAUGUCCAACUCCCACCGAAACAGAUCUACCUCGGCCAACUCUUGUACCUCACCGUAAUCACAUUUUCACAACAUUCAAACUGGAGCAGUUCAUAUCAAGAGCCUGUUGUGUUUAUCAGUUCACGGCACCAACUCACUGAAGAACUUAAAUUAUUGUGUCAGAAGAGUCUUUUUUUCUACUAAAUAAUAGCCAUGUUUUUUUUAGAUUGCACUAUAAUAAUGUUUUGCGCAAGCAUCUGAUUUACCUUUUUUUUUUUCUUUUUACGCUCGUACUGUUGGAGAAAAGGCCCAGUAAUAACGAUGACUUCAUGUUGGCUGAAUCUUCCCAACUCUUCUCUCUUUAAGUGACCGGAGAGUCACUUAAAGGAUUCACUCUGCAGCCGUUCCUCUGUUUGUCUUUUCCUUUUCCUUUUCCUUUUUCUGUCACCAUCUCCACUCUAGUGGGUGAGUGAACAGACGCAUACACUCAUCCCCGCACUCAGCCAGUGAUGCCAGGUAGUAGUAGUAAGAGUGGCGGGCGGGGUCCGUCCUCGUCACCGCUGCCUCACGCCGUCGUCCCACCGAGCAGACCGCUGCGACCGUCCCGCUAUGUCCCCGUGUCGGCGGCCACUUUCUUCCUGGUCGGCUCCACCACGCUCUUCUUCUGCUUCACGUGUCCGUGGCUCUCGGAGCGUUUCUCCGUCGCUGUGCCCAUCUACAAUGGAGUCAUCUUCCUCUUUGUUCUGGCUAACUUCUGCAUGGCCACGUUCAUGGACCCCGGCAUCUUCCCUCGAGCUGAGGAGGACGAAGACAAGGAGGAUGACUUCCGUGCUCCGCUCUACAAGACGGUGGAGAUCAGAGGGAUCCAGGUCCGGAUGAAGUGGUGUUCGACCUGUCGCUUCUACCGGCCGCCGCGCUGCUCCCACUGCUCCGUCUGCGACAACUGUGUCGAGGACUUUGACCACCACUGUCCGUGGGUGAACAACUGCAUCGGCAGGAGAAACUACCGCUACUUCUUCCUCUUCCUCCUGUCUCUGACGGCUCACAUCAUGGCCGUGUUUGGCUUCGGCCUCCUCUUCAUCCUCUACCACCGGCAGAACAUCGACCGCCUGCACGCCAUCGUCACACUGGCUGUAAUGUGUGUUGCAGGCCUGUUCUUCAUCCCUGUUGCCGGCCUCACGGGCUUCCACAUAGUCCUUGUGGCCAGAGGCAGGACGACCAAUGAACAGGUCACGGGGAAGUUCAGAGGCGGCGUUAACCCUUUCACCAACGGCUGCUGGAACAAUGUCUCCCAUGUUCUCUGCAGUUCACAGGCACCAAGGUAUCUGGGCAGGAAGAAGUUUGUGCAGAGUGUGUGUGUUCAGCCUCCUUUUCUGAGGCCUCAGCUGACUGAGGCUCAGCUGGCAGCAAAGAUCCUGGACAACGGCAUCCAGGGAGACCUGCACAGGUCCAAGUCCAGUCUGGAGAUGAUUGAGAGCCAGUCAUGUGACACUGAGCCUCCUCCUCCUCCUAAACCAGAGCUCCGCUAUCCUGGAAUCACCAGAGGAAACGCAGAGGAGUGCAGCCUGCUGAACAAAGCCCCGCCCACUCCCACCAUGUAUAAAUACAGGCCGACCUACAGCCCCGGGAAGAACCACACAGCGCUCACGCACGCUUACGCCAACCAGCUAAGUCAGGGGGAGAGCGCCGCCAGGGACUCCUCCUCCUCCUCCUCCCUCCUCCAAGCCAGCCAGCAGCCCGGUUUCCGCUCGCAGCCCAGCCUGGACCGCCGGGACGCCUCCUCGGACCGGGCGGGAGGGGAAGGAGGUGCGGAGAGGAGGGAGGGAGGGAGGGAGGCGGGAGGAGGAGGAAGCGGAGGAGGCAUCCCCGGCUACUCCCUCGGCGGGCGCUCCUACCCCUCCUUCUCCGACCCCACCGUCCUGUCGGGGGUCGCGUCUCGAUCCUCCAGCUCCACCCACACCUCAGCGGGCGCCGCCCACGUCUCCGAGGCAACCACCACAUCGGCGAGCUUCAAGAGCUUAGCCAAUCAGACGCCGCCUCCUCACCACCACCCUCCUCCUCGCAACGGGAGCCUGUCGUACGACAACCUGCUGGCGGGGGCCGAGGAGUUUGAGAAAGGGGGGCCGGCGGCCCCUGAGGCGUACUCCGGGAGACCCUGUACGCCCGCCGCCGGGGGCUACAACUCCCCCUUCUUGUCGUCGCAACAGAGGGAUGCCGAGACGCACUCCCAGUCCUCCCAGUCGCCCCACCACCGCUCCUCCUCCUCCACCUCCUCCCACCACCACCACCACCACCACCACCACCCCUUCCUCCAUCGCUCCUCCUCCUCCACCUCCUCCUCUCCACCUCCUCCCUUAGAGAGGGAGCGCCUGCUGGGUGAGCCCCACCCACCGGCCAAUCACACCUCCGGGACCCCGUCCUCAGCCCCUGCCCCGCCACACCACCACCACCACCACCACCAUCACCACCACUCCCACCACCACCAUCACUCCUCCUCCGCCUCCUCCUCCUCCGCGACCUCCCGCCCUCCGUGCUUCGCCGGCCCUCACGCCGUGCCCCACCACGCCUACCCCUACCGCACCCGCUCCACCGACACCCCGCUGGGCACCACGUCCACCACCCACCCUCCCCGCUCGCCGCACCCUCCGCCUCUCGGGAAGUCGCUCUCCUACUCGAGCGCCGCCGCCGCGGAAAUGCAGUACCGCCUGGUCCGCAAGGCUUCGGCCUCAGCCGGGGCUAAUGCAGCCGGGGUAGGAGGUGGAGGAGGAGGAGGAGGAGGAGCAGGAGGGAUGGGAGGAGGAAUACAUGCACCCAAGGAUGAGCCGAUCCAGAUGACGCCUCCGGGUCGGACCAACGGCGGCGGAGGCCAGCCCUUCUCCUCAACCACCUCCUCCUCCUCCUCCGCCCCUCCCUCCCCCUUUCACCCCGCCCACGUCUCCGCCCGGCCCGGAGCGGCGGCCUCUCCCAGCACAGCACCGACUCAGAGCCCGGCCCACAAGCCCCAGGGCGGGGUGGGGGUGAAGAAGGUGACGGGCGUCGGGGGCACCACUUACGAGAUUUCUGUCUGAGCCGCUCCAGUCCAGCUCCAUCUCCGGGACCGACGCCGUCUCCUGCCUCUGAAGGGAUUUAAGGAAGUGGUGAAGGACGGAUUUUUAUUAGUCUGACUCCUGCUGCUACACAACCACCUCAGUAAAGACCUGGAGCCGCACAAGCCAGGACCGAUCGGCACCGACUCAUAGUUAGUAGGUAGUUUCAGGUUCUGGGUGUUGCAUGGCGUUGGCGUAGCGACGGCGAGGCGGUACCACUGCCAGGGUUCGGGGCUGGAUCCCCCCUGGGACCAGGACCAAGGACGUCUGGGACAGGGUCCAACAUGAGCCUGAUUAGAGCGCGGGACCCGGGGAAAGAAGAGUCCGGUCCAGGCGAAGGGCUUCCUACAGACUAACUGAAACCGAGGCGGUUCUGGUCCCGUUCUGGCGUCGGUUAAACUUCUACAGAUGGAGCGUGACGUGGACGGACCGGUCGCUCAUCGACGUCUUUCUUCGCAGCCUUCCAGGUUAGUAGCAUCCGAUGACAAUCUGCCGGUGGCCGGACAGACCAGACCGAGGCCACAUGUGAACUCUGGCUGCGUGACUUUACUAUUUUUGUCAAAUGGAAGGAAAAAAAACAAAAAAAAAAAAACAACAAAUAUCUGAGGGGAAAUGAAGCGAUUUUCUCCCCUCGUGCUCUGACUUGUCGGUUUAUUCCUAGAUGUGAAUAUGAUUCCAUGUUUUGUACAGGAUGGUGUGAUUUUAAAUGUGAAUUUCGUUUUUUUGUAAAAAAAAAAACACAAAAAAAAAACACAAAAAAAGAAAAAGACAAACCAGUGGUGUUCUAGCGGGACAGCAUGCGUUACUGCGAGCGGCCGACGUGAAUACGGAAAACUUCGACCUUUGGCCUUUUUCAUGGGUGACGUGCUCCUGAAGAUCCACUCGUCGAGCAAAAUGCCUUGAAAAUUCAAGUGUCGUCAGUAUAAUUUUAUUUUUUAUUUCACCUAUUUAAUUAGACAUUGUUUUAUAUACAUUUAUAUGGAAAUAUUGCUAUUGAUAAAUGAAGAGUUUUUAAUAUUGACACAAACGCGUGGAGGGACGGGGCGGGUGGUUACUGUUGUGUCUGAUCGGUUUCAGUUGAGCUCCGGCAACUAAUUAAGACAAUUAGCAACUUUGUAAAUGUGAUAUUUUCCAGUGAAGGACGGGAGCGUAUUUCUGACGUGGCCUUACAGUCACAUUGCGUCGUAUAACUCACACAAAGAGUUUAUGUCACAGACUAGACAUCGAUAUCAAUGUUGAACUAAGUGUUGGGGCCACUGUUAAAAAAAAAUAUAUAUAUAUAAAUAUAGGACCUUUUUAAAAGAAAGCAAUUAAGAUGUUACUUGAUUUAUCUUUUCUGUUUUUGAGAGAGAGGAAAAGUUGGAAUUUUACAAAUCAUUCCUGGAUAAAGUUGUAAUUUAAGAAGAAGAAGAAGAAGAAACAAAAACAACUCUGUGACCAAAAUAAAGCAACAAAUUGUCAAAGAUCGCUGUAAUAUACAACUCUCAAGUCAUGAGAAUAAAAAGGGUUCAAUCUGGACGAUGAUCCACUUGGUGUUUCUCCAUCUUCUCAUGGUUUGUGAGUCUGUCGGUAAAAGAGGGGACACAUCAUCACCACCAACACCCAGGAACAAGCUCAACAUGAGGACACCCGACCUGUGAAGAUCCCAAGUAAGAUGGACAAAAUAUGAUUUGGGAUGGUCAUAAUGUUGUGGCUGAUUAGUGUAUAUGUUAAUGACCUCACCUCUUCGUCCUCGGACCACACUGGAGUUUUAUUUAAUGUAGUGAACUUGUUCUGAAACUUCAGUCUGCACGUCACUUUAGUUUAAAUUAACUUUAUUGGAACUGACACUGGACAAGACAAGAUUAGUAUUUUCUGUUCGUGCGUAGCAGUGAAAUCCGUGUCGCAGUCAGUCGAUCCACACAUCCAUCGUCUAUAUGUACAGAUUUAAUUUUAAUAAAAACUAAGAUCAUACGAAGCUUCAGAAUCAGCAAAUUCAACAACUUGACCGAGUUGUCUGUUUGCUGGAAUGUGGCAAUUUGUGUCGCUCCAACCCACAAAAAGAAGAAAAACAAAACAAAAACAGACAGAAUUUAAAGUAAUAAGGCCGACACACUGGGAAUGUUUAACGGAAACAGGAGUGUGAUAACAAAUAAAAUAAAGGUUUGAAAAAGCUUGGAAGAGGAAUGAAACCUUGACAAACGUCUCAAACUCCUGCACAUGCGUGAAGCCUGAACGCACCGUUAAAUACUGCAAUGAGUUCUACGUUAAAA